GUCUUCGAUGGCGGGCAGCGGUCCCACUAUGUUGCCCCUGAAUUUGACCUGAGACCAGCAGUGUCGUCUAGCACUGGCUUUUACGAUUUGUUUGACCUACGCAAGUUUUCGACUGACGAGGGCCUCGCGCUACUCUUGGAUAAGACAGCUUUGAAGAAGCGUUUGGUCGAAUUGAAGCUGCCAACUCUGUCGCCGAUCUUCUCGACGAGCACCCCUGACCUUCCUUGGAAGCAAUUAGGAAAUCUCAGGCAGUAUGCCGUCAAAGCUGCCCACAAGCAUCAUGGAGGACUUGGAGUCCUCCUCAUGUCAGAUGGAAGGGACCUCCUCACGGGCCGGCAAAUGGAUGCGGAUGAGGUUGCCUCAUGGGCAGCUGAGGCCUUCAAGCGUGAGGAGCUGCCCUCUGCUCCACGCUGCUGGGAGGAUUGCACUGGCACUGGGGAAUGCGAAGUACGCUGCGUCACCAACGCACCUGCGGCAGACGACAAGGUACAGCAGGGCCUUCUGGUGGAAGAGCUAGCCGUGACUUGGGAUGGUCGAAGUGGGCUGCUUCCAGAUGAGGCUUUUUGUUUCGUGGCUUGGGGGCGGCUUCUGUUCUUCGGGGUCAUGGCCGCCGGCGGGACGUGGCUGAACUACUUUGCCAGUGAUGGCACACCCAUUUUUGCCCGCCCGAUGAAAGCCAAGAAGCGCAUCGAGGCUGCGGGCGCCUUUCGAACGGCUCUGCCUUGGCCGUCGGCGCUGCGCGUUGCCGUGACGUCUUUGGCAGAGGCAGCUGCCCAGGCAUUGGGGGCGGACUUCAUCCGCAUCGAUAUUUUCCCCAAUGGCGGGAAGCCCCUCAUCUCAGAGGUAGAUGCGUGGCUGCUGGAAAUGCUGCGUGAUCAGUGGAUCAGUGGCUAUGCCUCAUCAGCAGCCAUUGAUUGUCGGCAGCAACUUCCCCGCAUGUACUCUGCGGAGAAGCUGGAAGACCCCAGGAAGACAAGAAGAUCACGCUUGGAGCCUCCGGCCAUGCCAGCAAUCAUCGGCAGCCCAUCUUUGGGGGAGGAGAUGUACAGCAUGCCCACGGAGGAGCGCCUUGCGGCUGUGAAGAAAUUUGUCAAAAGCACGGGUCCAGAGGGCUUCCCGCCGAAGUGCCUCACAAAUCAAUCCGCCAUCACCUUGGCUGAGGAGCUGAUGGUGAUGGCGGCCAUGCUGGUGUGUAUGGGCGGCCCGCUUUUCAUGUUCAUAUUUGGAGCAGCUGCCAUGUAUCUGGGGAGUUGGAGAGACAAGGCUGCUUACGUGCUGCUAGCCGCAAUUCUCGCCGGUCAUCCUCUUCCAGGAGCAGGAUCAAAGUUCUCUCAGACUCUCAUGAAGUCCCGGCUUACGGGGUGGAUGAACAAGUACUUCUCAUACCGGAUUCUCUGGUGCGAUGAUGAUGUUGAGAUCGCUCGGCAACGCAUGCCCUGGAUCGGCGUUGGGCCACCACAUGGCGUGCUGCCUUUUGCCAACAUGCUCAGCAUUCCAAUAUUAAACAACUUUCUAGGUUGCCCCUUCGUUGGCGCUGCAGCCAAUGUAGUCUUCAAGACGCCUGGGCUUCGCUACCUCAUGGCGUACGGAUGCGUUACAGCAGACCGAAAGGAUAUGACGAAAGCUCUCAGUCGUGGCCAGUGCGUGGGCAUCUUGCCCGACGGAGUUGCAGGCAUUUUCCGAACCAACACCAAACGAGAGCUCGUUGCCAUGAAAGAUCGAAAAGGGUUGGCAAGGCUGGCUUUGCGGACGGGAACACCCCUGAUUCCAGUGUACUCCUUCGGCAACACUGCAGCCUUCUCGUGCUGGUAUGACCGUUGGGGCAUCCUGGAGGCAAUCUCGCGAAAGGUACAGGCCUCCUUCUUCCUGUACUGGGGGCGUUGCUUCUUGCCCAUCCCCUAUCGAGUCCAGAUCACCAUGGCCAUUGGCAAGCUUAUCGAAGUCCCAAAGGUGGACAACCCGACACAUGAGCAGAUUGACGAACUCCACCAGCGCAUCAUGGAGGGAAUCCAGACCACAUUUGACCGGCAUAAGCAUUGCAUAGGGUGGGGAGACAAGGAGCUAGAGUUUGUGUGA